CUGGGACUUCAGAGAGCUUUCGCAUUCAGAUUGAAAAAAACGAAAAUCUCUUUCAGACUACAUCAAACAUGGUGCUUCUGAGAUCCCUCUGCCGAACCGCUACGGUGGCCACCGUCGCUGCACUCCGAUCAUCAAGAUCCGCCGCUCCUAACCAGCUUCUGCGCAAUCGUUUCGUCUUCACGCGAGGAUUCUUCGCUGUUUCUUCAUUUCCUUCAAAUCGAACUCCUUACGAUUCUCGAUACAUUCGUGCAAUGGAUAUUGGACAAGUGCGCAACUUUAGCGAAGAUGUGUCUCACAUGCCUGAAAUGAAAGACAAUGAUGUUCUGAAUGCUUUCAAAGAAUUGAUGGCUGCUGAUUGGGCUGAGCUCCCUUCUGCUGUUGUUCAUGAUGCGAAAAACGCAAUCUCGAAAAACUCAGAUGAUAAGGCAGGGCAAGAGGCCUUAAAGAACGUCUUCCGAGCAGCUGAAGCUGUUGAGGAAUUUGGUGGGAUUCUCACUUCCAUUAAGAUGGAAAUCGAUGAUAGCAUUGGAAUGAGUGGCGAGAAUGUGAAGACCUUACCAGAAGAUAUAACCAAGGCGCUGCGUACUGCUUAUCAAAGGUACGUUGAAUACUUAGAUGCCUUUGGACCUGAAGAAGUUUACUUGAAGAAAAAGGUUGAGAUGGAGUUGGGGACUAAGAUGAUCCACUUGAAGAUGAGAUGCAGCGGGCUUGGUUCAGAAUGGGGAAAGGUUACCGUUCUUGGAACCUCAGGACUCUCGGGUUCGUACGUGGAGCAAAGGGCAUAAAACAGAGAGAAAAGAUCUUAAAUUUGAGCAAAUUGUGUUAUGUUGUUGUUGCCAGAUUUUGUCUUAACACAUAAUUAUAAGGUCAAUAACUGACCAAGACAAAUUUUAUGGGGUGAGUUUGUUCACUGUUUCCUCCAAACUAAGUUAGAGCUUAACAUCAAUUGAAAAUAAAUUCACAGCU